AUGACUUUGCCAUUCUGGAGCACCUUUAAGUUUAAGUCGGAGAGUGACAUCCACCUGGCCGAGCACCAUAAGCAGGUCCUGUAUGACGGGAAGCAGGCCAGCUCCAUCUCUUUCACCUACAACGCCAAGGCCACCGACGCACAGCUCUGUCUGGAGUCAUCGCCCAGAGAGAACGCAUCCAUCUUCGUUCACUCACCACACGCACUCAUGCUGCAGGAUGUGAAGGCCAUAGUGACCCACUCCAUCCACAGUGCCAUCCAUUCUAUAGGAGGGAUUCAGGUCCUCUUCCCUCUCUUCUCACAACUGGACUACAGACAACUCAACGACAGCUCUGUGGACACCAGCGUGUGUGCCACCCUCCUGGCGUUCCUGGUUGAGCUGUUGAAGAGCUCCGUGGCCAUGCAGGAACAGAUGCUGGGUGGAAAGGGAUUCCUGGUGAUCGGGUACCUGCUGGAGAAGUCGUCCAGGGUCCACAUCACCAGAGCGGUGCUGGAACAGUUCUUGUCCUUUGCUAAGUACCUGGACGGGUUAACCCACGGGGCGCCACUCCUCAAACAGCUGUGUGACCACGUCCUCUUCAACGCUGCCAUCUGGAUACACACACCCGCUAAGGUCCAGUUGUCCCUGUACACCUACCUGUCUGCAGAGUUCAUUGGCACGGCGACCAUCUACAGCACCAUCCGUCGCGUCGGUACCGUGCUGCAACUGAUGCACACGCUGAAGUACUACUACUGGGCCAGCAACCCACUGGAGAGCAGUGGCAUCACACCGAAAGGACUGGAUGGACCGAGGCCGUCCCAGAAGGAGAUCAUCUCUCUCAGAGCCUUCAUGCUGCUGUUCCUCAAACAACUCAUACUCAAGGAUCGGGGAGUGAAGGAAGAUGAGCUACAAAGCAUCCUGAACUACCUGCUCACCAUGCAUGAGGAUGAUAAUAUCCAUGAUGUUCUUCAGUUGUUGGUGGCUCUGAUGUCAGAACACCCAGCCUCCAUGAUCCCAGCCUUCGACCAGAGAAACGGCAUACGGGUGAUCUGUAAACUCCUAGCCUCUAACAGUGAGAACAUCAGAGUCCAGGCUCUCAAAGUCCUAGGAUACUUCCUCAAACACCUCGGACACAAGAGGAAGGUGGAGAUCAUGCACACACACAGCCUGUUCACUCUGCUGGGAGAGAGGCUGAUGAUCCACACCAACACAGUCAGCGUCACCACCUACAACACACUCUAUGAGAUUCUGACAGAACAGGUGUGUACCCAGGUAGUCCACAAGCCUCACCCAGAACCUGACUCCACCGUCAAGAUACAGAACCCCAUGAUACUGAAGGUGGUAGCGACCUUGUUGAAGAGCUCUAGUCCCAGUACUGAACUGAUGGAGGUCAAGACACUGUUCCUGUCUGACAUGAUCAAACUGUUCAGCAGCAGCCGAGAGAACAGACGGUGUCUGUUACAGUGUUCAGUGUGGCAGGACUGGAUGUUCAGUCUGGGUUACAUCAACCCCAAGAGCCCAGAGGAACAGAAGAUGAUGGAGAUGGUCUAUAACAUCUUCAGGAUCCUGCUCUACCACGCCAUCAAGUAUGAGUGGGGUGGAUGGAGGGUCUGGGUGGACACGUUGUCCAUCGCUCACUCCAAGGUAACGUACGAGGCCCAUAAGGAGUACCUGGCUAAGAUGUACGAGGAGUACCAGCGACAGGAGGAGGAGAACAUCAAGAAGGGGAAGAAAGGUUCUGUCUCCACCAUCUCCGGCCUCUCGGCCACGCCCGCCCCCGUCGUCAACGGCAACCUGGAGAUCCGCGAGCUGGACGACCACUCCCAGAGCCAGACCCCCGAGAGUGAGGCCGAGUAUGGAGAGGGAGGAGCAGGAGGGGUCUCCAGGAAUCUGCUUGCUGAGGGAGGGGUCGGGUUGGGCGUGAAGGGACCCAACAGAGAGGCAUUGACCCCUGGGGGAGGAAGGUCAGGGGUCAGGCGUUAGGGUCGAAGUUCAUGACCUCCUGGUGGAUAUCAAGGCGGAAAAGGUGGAGGCCACAGAGGUCAAACUAGACGACCUGGAUCUGUCUCCAGAAGGGAUUGUCGGAGGAGGAGGAGUGAUGGAGGGACUGGUUGGAGGAGGAGUGAUGGAGGGACUGGGAGGAGGGAUAGGAGGGAUAGGAGGAGGGAGGAUGGAGGUAU